CAUGGCCUUUACCACACCAGGCAACUCCUCUUUUGCAAAUCAAAAUGGAGCUGCAAGUCAGCUCGUUUUCCCUCAGUCUCAACUCAUCACUCUCAAACUUGAAGAUUCAAACUUUCUUAUCUGGAAACAACAGAUUCUCACUGCCAUACGAGGCUAUGGGCUGGAAUCGUUCAUUUCUGCUACUACAAGCCCACCUGACAGGUUCAUCACACCUGAAGAGGGAAAUCUCCCUAUGCUCAACCCUGAAUAUGAUAUUUGGCAAAGGCAGGACCAGCUCUUAGCUUCAUGGAUUUUGUCUUCUCUUAGUCAAGGUAACCUCAUUUUGGUGGUUGGUCUCUCUAGUUCUAAAGAAAUCUGGAAUGCCUUAGAGAAGAAUUUUGCAAGUCAGUCAAGGGCUAGAAUAAUGCAACAUAAACUCGAGUUACAGACAAUGAAAAAAGGAAACAUGACCAUGAGAGAGUACUUGAACAAAAUGAAGACUUGUUUUGAUCUCUUAGCUGCUGUUG